UAUUUGCUAACUAGGCUUUGAACAAAUUUUCUGACAAGAUACUCGACAUUUUAAUAUUUACCUUUAAUGUAAACACGUUGCGAAAAUUUAUUCUACAAAUCAUGGUUCCCUCUCCCAUGAACAAAAUAACAUUGUGCUAUGGACCAAACGAAUGCCUAGGAGUAUACAAACGCCACCCUCAACGCUUGAACAGAUUAACAACUGUUUUGACCACUCUGGGAUUCGAAGUGAGCCUCGAACCAAUCAAUGACCGGGAUCGUCUUAUUAUCAAACUCAAUGGCGAACCGAUAUUCCGUUGUCGAUUAAGUUUUUUGAGGUACCAGCCCGACGCUAAGCAUGAUGAGACUCUCUCCCGAGCGGUUUUUGCCGCCUUAGAAGCCUGUGCAAGAUUUCAAUUGGCCAUUGCACGAAGAACCCAUUGUGUCUAGUCUCGAAGAUUUGGAAAUGUUAAAGAUUGAAAAAUUGUUCAAUAUAAUUAGUAUAAUGUCACCAAAAAUAUAAAUGUUAAUAUCACAA